AUGAAAAGACCAAAACCUAAACCAAGACCACCUCUAGAUAAAACAUUUAAUUGUUUAUUUUGUAAUCAUGAAAAGAGUACAUUAACCUGUAAAGUAUGCGGACAAACACACCAAAGUAUUAUACAUAAUCUUUCAGCACCAGUGGAUAUAUACAGUGACUGGAUUGAUGCAUGUGAUGCAGUUGCAAAUCAAACUAAUAGAAACUUAACACAAGAGUUAAAUCUUAAUAACAAUGACUACAGCAAUUAA